GCAAGUAAAUUAUGUUGGAAUCAGGUUGUAACUGCUAGUUUAGAACUGUGUUCUGUUGCUCAUACAUAUGCCAACUAUUUAGAGACAGUUAACCAGCAUAUGCAAAGAAUUCAACUUGCAUCUGCUCCAGCACAAAGUUCUGAAAAUAAUA